UGAAGCAGAUAUCCUCUUAGAGUUGUAGAAAUGUCUGUCAAGGCGACUGAGAAAGCACAGAUAAUGACAGAGCUAGUUGAUCAGACGGAGACCAGUCUGCUUGAAUGCAAAGUGUGCUUUGAAAGGUACAGCUCGCAGAAAAAACAUCGCCCAAGGAACUUACCAUGUGGACACGUCAUGUGCCUGGGAUGUGUCUGUUCUCUGGCCCAUCCCCGGAAUUUUAAGUUCGAGUGCCCUUUCUGUCGGAGAGCCUGCAAGUCUUCCGAGACCAGCGACUGUUUGCCGCUAUUGCACUUGAUGGAAAUCUUGAGCCCUUCUACUAUUAAUGCUCCAGUUCCAGGAAGGACCAUUGGGACAGGUGAGGAUAUGGCUGUACCAGCAUCUCAUGUCUUAACAUUCAGUCUUUCCUUUGGAGGAUGGGGAACGCUCAUCAAUCCAACCGGGAUUGCCGUAUGCCCGAAGUCUGGCUGCAUAGCUGUAGCUCAUGAUGGCAAGAAGAGGAUUAAGCUCUUUUCUUCCAACGGGAACUGCGUACAACAGUUUGGAGAGAGAGGAGAGGCAGGAAAUGACAUAAUGUACCCCACUGAUGUCACAGUCACCUUGGACGGCCACAUCGUAGUCACAGACAGUGGAGAUCGCUCCGUCAAAGUGUUUGAUUUUAAUGGCAGAGGCAAGCUAGUGAUCUCAGAGUCCUUUUCAUUACCUUGGGGCCUUGACACUACACCUCAGAACGAUAUUGUCAUGACCGAUUCGGAGGCAGGGAUUCUGUACCGCUUGACGGCUGACUUUAAAAAGGGAGAGUUAAGGGCAGUGAAAAAGGUGUAUUCUGAUCUGUGUAACCCAAGAAAAGUGGCAGUUUCUCAGACUUCUGGGGCUAUUACAGUAAUAGAGCAUUUGAUGGCAAAAGGUCCAAGCUUCGGCUGCACAAGAGUGAAAGUCUUCAGUGCGGAUAUGAAGCUCAUUAGUCAGGUGGAUAGUUUUGGCCUGAAUCUUGUCUUUCCUUCCAAACCCUAUGCCAGUGCUGUGGCCUUCAACAAGGAAGGGCACGUAAUAGUAACCGAUGCCUAUAACCAAGCAGUAUUUGGCCUUGGCAAACCUGAAGAGUUCCCUGUAUGUAAGCCCGUCAUUACCCAGGGUCUAUCCUACCCCCUGGCAUUAGUUUACACUACAAAUAAUUCUCUGGUUGUCUUGGAUGGUGGGGAUCAUUCUUUAAAAGUAUAUAGCACCUACUCAAGUAUUGGGGGAGGGUGCUUUCUGGCAAACUGAGGCAAGCUGUUCCAGUCUACAACCCAGCACAAGGCAAUAUAUGGAAAGUUCUUCAUAACCCCCCAGCUCCUCUAGCAAGGAAUAGAAACCUCAUCCAUGUCAACCAACACUGAAAUUCAUCCUGCUGAUAUGAAACAGACAUAGGUCAGCUAUCCUCUUAAAACUGAUUGCAGUACAUAGUAAGAAUUUUAAAAUUCUGAGAGCCAGUUUGGUGUAGUGGUUAAGAGCAUGGACUUUAAUCUGAGAGAACCAGGUUUGA